AGUAAUUACACGCUGAACUCCAGCACGCUCAAGGGCUGUUGCAGGUUGCUAUUCCUUCAACACAGGCGCCCGUCCAGGCGGUUGGCGAGAUAUUGAAUUCACACAAAUUCUCAACUUUCAAGGGAGAAGGGGCAAAAUCUCUGAGAACAGACUGUCUCGCUCCCGGACAAAACCAGGAAAAAGGGACAGCAAAAAACAUCGAGCGUGUAUUGGUCUCAUCAUCCUCAUAUACAUUCCCCAAAACAAAUGACUCCAAAACGCCACUUGACAACCACUAAAGACCAGUAGAAAUCGACGCGCAGUACUCCGCAACUCCCAGUACCCUCGCUCACAGGAGAUGAGGUGAGACAAGGCAAGUGGCUCUGCCAGGUACACAGAGCUCGUGCCCUGACUUCUCACAAGAGGACAAGGCACCAUGACGCCUCGUCAGUCGCUCAAGCUGCAGAUCUACAGCUCAGGCAGCCUCCCAGCCCCAGUUCUGCCCGGCAAGCUUGCCUGCUCGCCCAUGCUAGACCUUCUGGCCACGGCCGAUAACGACAAUUCUUUCUUCAUCCGCCGCGCAAACGCCGAGCAGGUCUCCAAGCCCGCCCAGAUCCCUGGUGCCGAGAUAUUGGCAGUACGCUGGAAGCCAGACGGUCAGUAUGUGGCCGUAGCCUGGAGUGAUGGCGUGGUGAGGUUGACGGGCAUCGAGUCCACGAAGGCCCUGCACCAGAUAUCACCCCGCGAGAGCCCACAGGCCAAGGUCGAGUAUCUGGGAUGGACCCGAAACUGGACCGGCAAGGCUCAUACCCGCCUCGCCAAGAGCGCGCGGUCGGCGGCGUUGGCAGACCUAGUCCCAGGCGUCCUUGAUGGCGUAGCCCCGGACGAGCGGUCCGACAUGCUCGAUCUCCCUCGUGAGGUCACAUUCCUCGACGUGGAGACAUCCCUUCCAAAGCUUAGCCCCCUGCCUGUCUCUGGUGGAACUGGAGAGGAUACGUUUGUGUUUUCAUCUCGAACCUCACUAGAAUUUGUUUUCAAGGCUUUCAAGGCUGAAGAGGCCGACCAGGUCGAUAUCAUGAUCGCCGGCAUGGUUGAUGGCUCCAUGCGCCUCACCAUAUACGACACGUUUGACGUCGGCCUGUUCAGGUACGCAUUGCCGUCGUCUACACAUGACGCCAAUGGGCCGCGGCCUCUUCGUCUUGUCUGCCACGGCUCUCACCCGGCCGUGUCGUCACACUUUCUGCUCCUGCGCGCCGGUGACGACACGCCCGAGAUGCUGUAUCUGGUACCCAUGGACCUUCGCUUUGUGUGCUCGUCUCACAUCAACCUCUCGCUGCUUGCCUCCAAGGUUACCAUCUUGCAAAAGAUCCUCCGCUAUAUCCACCAGACGCAGGUGCACAUGGCAGCCGAGUGGGCUUCGGCAAGAGAUCUUCCUGCCAGGUUCCUGCGAAACGUCUCGGAGGAUCUCGCCCAGUCCAAGGAAGGUCCCAAGAGCGUGAUACAGGCGCUCUAUCACACCGUUCUGACCGGCCACGCCCACCCGAUCACGAAGGACUGGCUUGUAGACAGCGUUGCGGAGCGGGGACACAAGCGAUGGGACAAGGCAGUGACAUCCGGGCUGGGGAACAUACGGGCGCUCAUACACGAAAACAUGCUCCCUGCCCUCGACCGCUGCGCCAUCAUCCUGAGCCGGCUCUUGGGGCUCGCGAGAUUCCAUGACGGCAGCCGGUCCGACGUUGGGCUCUCGGCCGCCAAGAUCAGCAGGCUGCUGGAGAUCAUCUCGUGCCUGAUACUGGCGUGCCACAAGGUCCUGGUUCACGUCAUGAACGAGCUCGAGCUCUUUGGCAUGUUCUCUUCGUGGCUCCGCUUCCAAAUCGACCGGCUUGCCUCCUCGGCCUCGUCCGCGGCGGACGACCUUACCGAGAGGGAGGCCACCAUGGACAACGGCAAGGUCCUCGAGUAUAUAUCGCGCUUCCUGACGCAGAGCCCCGCGGCCAUGUUCUUCGGGCCUCUCGACCCGGAGGCCUUUCGCGAGGACGAGGCACUCGCCGACGGCGGGCCCCCGCCGCUGCUCGACGCCGUCGAGGCGCAGAUCCGGCUGGCGGAGAACGGCGAGCCGCACAUGCAGGCUCUCCCCCGGAUCGACUUUCUGGUCUGGUACCUCAAGGGCAAGGCCCAGGGUGUUUUCGACGACAUCGCCGAGGCCGAGCGGCGCAGCGUCCGCUUUGGCAGCCCCACGGCGCUCGCCGUCGGCGGUCCCGUCUCGAAGCAGGAGAUUUCUGUGUGCUCCCUGCCCAAGGACGACGGAGUGGAUGCGCAAACGUACACUGUUUUGUCUCGCCGCGAUCAAGAAGGUGCCCUGUACAUCUUCCGCACCAAAAUCACCAUGCUUGACGGCAUGAGCACCGAAAUUACGACGGAUGCGUGCGCUCUAGCCCUCACAGAAGGCAAGCUGGUUGACUUCAAAUUUUUGAACGAGGACGCCCUGAUCGUCCUCUGGCAGCCCGAGGAGAAGGGAGCGUCGCCGUUCAUGUUCCGUCUGUCUCUCGAAUCCCAAAAGGCCAGGUUCUCGGGCUACACGGACGGCACUCCCCCUACAGCCCACGAGGUCAGCGUGGGAGACCUCAUGGCAGGGUCGCCCCGCAUGGACGUUUCGGGCGGCGGCGGCGCCGCCAGCGGCCGCGGCGCGUUCCGUCCCGUCUGGAUGGAGGUCAAGCGGCCCAGCAGCGGCCGGGGUCGCAUGCCCUCCAGGGUGUGCCUUUUGGGCAGCGACAAGGUCACGUACAAGGUCUUUGCCGUUCCUGACGAUCUGGAGGGGCGGGCGGAUGCCGCUUGAAGUUUGGAGGGAGGAAGGCAGCAGGCAUGCAUACUUGGUACAUACCCUUGACGGCCAAUGAGACGGCAUUACGGCUUAGACCUUGGGCGGGAGCCUCGAUGCCUUGCCGACGGGUCUGUCAAGGAACGCGCCCGCUGUUUUGUCUUUCUUGCUAGGUACAUUGAUGACGUAUGGGCAGGGUUGUGCUUGUACACCCCCGUAUAGCUUGGCCAACGAACAAGGCAUUGUUUCUGCGCGCCGUAAAGCGCAUUAUGGAAAUCUCAAAUGAAGCUUUCAGGGUGGAAACACAGGGGAUAAAGGUCUCGUCACGAGAUAAUUUCGCCCGGGGUGUGUGGAACCCGUUCUCCCGAGCUGAGCUCGUCGUGGCAGGGUCAAUUGCCUGCAUCUAUUAUAGAGAAAUGAGAAACGCAUUUUGGACGCUA